AAAUCCAUGAAUGGAAAUGUUGGUGGUUGGUGGUGAAGAUGCAACGAGAGUCUACCAACUGUAUCACUUCCACUUCUCCUACAACUAACAACGAUACUUACUCCACAAGUUGGUUAGUCAAGUUACAAAACUGGUUUGCCUCAUGGAAGCCACGAAAAACGUCACUAGUUCAACCUCCCAUUUAUUGUCAACAAAUUGCAGAGUCUGAAACAAAACUGUUUGAAAUGUUCGUACAACAACGGUGGGAACGUCGUUUUGUUGAGCUACCUAACGGAGAAUUGAUGAAUACGGUGAUAUUAGGAGACCAUGAUAAACCUUGCUUAGUACUCACCCCAGGCUAUUGUUCAGGUAUUGGUGUGUUUGCUAGAAAUUUGGAUACUCUAUCUCAACACUUUAGAGUAUAUUGUGUUGACUGGCUGGGAUGUGGUGCUUCUUCCAAGCCAAAGUUUCCUUUGAAAGGAACAGUUGAACAAGCCGAGUCUUAUUUUGUGGAUAGUUUGGAACUGUGGAGACAACAAAUGGGAGAUAGUUUAUCAAAGCCUUUUAUCCUGGUGGGACAUAGUUUAGGUGGAUAUUUAUCUGCUGUUUAUGCCAGCAAAUAUCCUGAAAAUGUAGAACGUUUAGUAUUACUGAGUCCAGUAGGAAUACCUCACGCACCAGAACAACAAACUUCAUUAUCAUCGCCUUCACAAGCGUCCAGUGCUCAGCCUAUGAAAGAUGAUGAAAGAGUACAGCAAUAUAGAAGGAAAUAUCGACAUUGGAUAGCACUGUUUACUUGGUUUUGGAAACAUGAUAUUACUCCUCACUCUGUUUUGAGAGUCACAGGUCCCUAUUUUGGUCGUUGGUUGACUAUGAAAUAUGCCCAUCGUCGUUUUCAACAUUGCUUACCUGAAGCAGCUCGUGUACAAGUUGCAGAAUAUGUUUAUGAAAUGUGUGUGAGAGGAACGCCUAGUGGAGAAUAUGCUUUGAAUGCUAUUUUGCUUCCUGGUGCUUGGGCAAAACAACCUUUAUGUGAUCGUUGGGAUAAAGUUCGAGUACCAACGAUAUUCAUUUAUGGUGAACAGGAUUGGAUGGACUAUCGUGCUGCACUGGCAUUGAAACAACAAUACAAUUCCUUUAUUACGGAUAUUCGAAGAGUACCUUUUGCUGGUCAUUAUCUAUUUUUGGAAAAUCCUCAGGACUUUCACAAACAAUUUUUGGAAGCUUUGAAUAGUACAACGUUAUCUCAUGAAGAGUCAACUACUUGAAUGGAAAUAGAUUCUUCUUGAUCAACUCCUAAAUAGGAGUCGCAAAUUAAAUAUAAAAUAUAUUCAUGACUA